ACCCCUCGACUGUCAAAACAUGGCCGGGCAAGGAGUUUCAGUCUUAAUGGUUCUCAACGGGGACUUCCCGAUUGCAUUUAAUACGCGCGUAGGCCGACAGAUACAUGGAAGUUAUUUUUGUGUUAGGGUUCUGUUUCAGGUUGGAAACCUACUCAGCAAAUUUUGGAGAGAGAGUAGUAUAAACCAAAAUAAAGAGGAAUAAAAUAAACGAGAGUGAAAAGGCAGAAGUAACGAUUUGAGCAUUUUUAUUGUUCUGCGUGGAACUAUGCUGUCAAGCACAUUUCCUUCGCAUCACCUUCAAAUCUCCAGAAUUUCCCAAGCUGAAGUUGGCAACCCUAGUGGUUCCUGUGCAGUUCUGGAAAUGCAAACAAGAUCAACAUGCAUCUGGGGCAAUGUGUUCGAAGGUACAGGUUUGGGCACCCAACUGAAACUUGCAUGCAGUUGAAAGGUCGUGAUCUUCUGACUCUGCAAAAUUAUACAGCAGAUGAAAUCAAAUAUUUACUUUGGGUGGCAUCUGAUCUGAAAGAAAGAGUCAAACAUAAACAGGAGUACCUGCCUUUGUUACAAGGAAAAUCUUUAACAAUGAUUUUUGAGAAAAGAAGCACAAGAACGAGAUUAUCUACAGAGACAGGAUUUGCUCUCCUUGGUGGACAUCCUUGUUUCCUCACAACACAAGAUAUUCACCUGGGCAUUAAUGAAAACAUCACAGACACAGCACGAGUAUUGUCUAGCAUGACAGAUGCAAUCCUGGCCCGAGUAUAUAAACAGACAGAUUUGGAACUGUUGGCACAAGAAGCCUCAAUCCCAGUCAUAAACGGACUCUCUGAUUCUGACCAUCCAGUCCAGAUUUUAGCUGAUUAUCUUACACUUCAGGAACACUAUGGGUCUUUAAAGGGGCUGACCCUAAGCUGGAUAGGUGAUGGAAAUAAUGUUCUGAAUGCCAUUCUAAUGAGUGCUUCCAAAUUUGGGAUGAAUCUGCAGGUUGCUACUCCAAAGGGUUUUGAGCCAGAUCCUACAAUAACUCAAAUAGCAGAAGAGUACUCUAUAAAGUAUGGCACCAAAUUGUUUCUCACAACUGACCCUUUGGAAGCUGCCCGUGGAGCCAAUGUUUUAAUCACAGACACAUGGAUAAGCAUGGGGCAAGAAGAAGAGAAACAAGAGAGGCUGAAGGCUUUCCAGGGUUAUCAGAUCACAAUGCAGACUGGGAAAGUGGCUUCUCCUGGUUGGACAUUUCUACAUUGCUUACCCAGAAAGCCAGAAGAAGUUGAUGAUGAAGUGUUCUAUUCACCACAAUCACUGGUUUUUCAAGAGGCUAAAAACAGAAAAUGGACAAUUAUGGCUGUCAUGGUUUCCCUGUUGACAGAUUACUCACCACAGCUGCAAAGGCCUGUGUUUUGAUUUUUGGGAUUCUGCCAAGAGAAAAAAUUCUACACUAGCAGAAUAUUUUGGUCCAUGAAAUCACUUUUUCUCUCAAAAACAAGAUCAAACUAAUGAUAAUUAUUUAAAAGGACUGUGAAGGUGCCUAUAAUAUGGAAUAUUUUACUUCCGCAUUUGUUCAAGCACUUAGGCAAUACAGCUGCACUUCUUUCUUUGAUUUGUGUUUUGCUAUACAUCCUGCAUAUUGAUUACUAUUCCAAACAGUUAUGGUUUAAUAAAUGGAUUUGUUUCUGCCAA